GAAUCAUGGGAAGAAGCUGAAGCACAUGAGAGGAGGGGGUAUCGAUGGGUGUCGGUGUUAUUUUGAUUAUUUAGUGAUUUUGUGUUAUGAUCAAGAAAUGCUUCUCAUUUGUGAUGCAUGAAUUGUUCUUCGCAGUGCAUUGUUGCUGAAGUUAAUGCACCUUUAAGAGGCGCACUGAAAUGUCGAGUACGUUUGUGGCUGAUACAUCUGAUGAUCACAAAACUGACAACACUCUAAUUAUCAUAGUAAAUAAUGAUGGUACAAUAUCUGUGGACCAAGAAACUCUGCAGAAUAUACUUGCUAAUCAACAAAAUACAGCAGUAAGUGUUGUACGUGUUGGUGGUCCCUCGCAGGGAGAUGACAGCAGUCAGGAUUCAAGUGGAACUUGUGACAGCCAGAAUGAUGGCAACCCACAUGUUAAUCUCACAGUGGAAGGAUUUUAUCCUCCCCCUGUUACAUCAGACCCAGGAGAAGUUGCUGCUGUCAGUGCAGCAACUCCUCCUACCCCAGCUGCUCCUGUGGCAGCUCCUGCUUCCAAUGUUGAGAUGGUCUCUGACAUGGUCCCUCCUUCUGCUCCUGCUGGUACCAUUAGUGCAGUCACUGCUGUGCCUCCAGCCAGUUCUGCUGAAGGAGAGUCCCUCGAUCCAUUUCUUGAGAUGGAUCCAGAGCAGUUGGAGAGACUUGAAACAGCAUUGCAGUCUGAACAAGCCAAACAAAUACUUGGUGAAAAUGUUACUGCAAUGUUAGACAUGCUGAGUGUGGAUGAGGAGGCCACGCAACUGAAGGAUUCAAUUCUUAUGGACCACUGUUACACCAAUCGAUCUCCCUCCACUGCUCCUGCUGCGCCUCCAGCUGUCACUCCUGUAAUUACUCAUUCAUAUCCACCAAACAAUGGGCGAGAGGAUGGGUCAAUAUUAUUGCAACAGGCGGACCAUGUGCAACAAAUUAUACCCACAGGCAUGGGGCCACCUGUGGUGCAAACCAUAGUUCGGGGUCGAGGAAGGGGGCGACCAGGAAGGCCAAGACGAGAUGGAAGUUCCACAAGGGGUGCUACUUCUGCUACUGUGCGUGGAAUGACUCGUGGUGGGUUAGGACGUGGUGGCAUAAAGAUUCAGAGGGGGGGCACCUUUGUCUCAGGAACCGGAGCUGGCAACAUGAUAAUGGUGCAGCAGAUCAAGCAGAUAACUCCUCCGCUUUCUGCUGCUGGUGGCACUACCCCUACUGGGGCCACUAUGGUGCCUGUUGUGCGACCUCUUGUCCUAGCAGCACCAUCAGCUACUGGGCAAGUACCAGGUGGUACAAUUGUUCGUACUUCUGCUCCUGGUCAAGUUCAGAAGCAGAUAAUUGCAGUACCUCAAGGUGCUCGAUUGGUGGCUGUACAAGGGAAGCCUGGCUCUUGUGAAACUGGUGCUCCACAAACCGUUCUCUUGACGAAUGCUGCUGGUCAAGUAGUGCAAACUCAGCAAAUUCAAGGUGUUUCAUCUGUACCUACUCAACUAUCAAAUGCAACUAACGCCAAAGUGGUUGUAGCUAAAAUGCCUCCUAUUCUGCCUCCUCAUCAGUUCCUUGGGGCUCAGCCAACAACAUUGCCUCUUACGGAACAACCUUCUCAACAGUUGCAGAAAGAAGAUGAAUCGGACUUCACUGAUUUUCCUCAGGAGGCUAGUGAAGAUUCUGAAUCUGAAGAAUCAGAUGUUGGCUCCGAUGAUGAAUACAGGGAUCCAACUGUUGGGAGAAGAGGAGGGCGUGGAAUUAAAGGGCGGGGGCGAUUUGGCAGAGGGGCUCGCUCAAGAGGAGGUUAUAGAGUGUAUGAGGGUGGACGAGGAGGAGGGCGUGGAAAUAGAAGGGGCAGAGGACGUGGAUUUGCUAGAGCUGAAGAAUUGGAUAGAGUGAAGAAAUUGGAUGCUGAAAUGGCUGGAUUUGUUGCAGCCAUGGAGAAAUCUCCAGAAAGAGCUCUCUCUCUUGCAGAAAAAUCAGCGCAGGAAGUUCGUGAAAAACAUGUUAAGAAAGAAGAGCUCAAUACUUCAAGUGUUUCUAGUCUUGAAACUUCAAAAAAGAAAAUGCUAAAAGUGUAUGGCAAAAGUGUAAAGAAAAUUCCAGACUUAGGUUUGGAAGAUGUGCAUGUAAAAUUAGAAAGUAUAUCUGCAGAAAAAGCAGAGAAACAUCCCCCUUUAACAACACCUGAAAAGAAGAGUCCUGUGUUGAAAAGUCCUGUUAAACGUCACUCUCCUGAAAUCCCUACCUCUGCAACCCCUGUAAGUUCCACUCCUGUAACACCUACCACACCAACUACACCAAAUGCGUUGCCAGUACUUGCAGGUGGAGAUUCAAGAAAAAAUUAUCCUAAGAGGGAAAAUCGCAAACCACCUGCACAUUUGGCAGAGGCUUUAGGUCCAGCUUUGUUUUCAACCCCUGACAUUAUUAGACGUGUAAGCACAGGAGCAGAACAGAAACCAAUUCAUGAACAGACUGCAGAGGAGAAGAAAGAAGCCAAGUCUGCUUCAGGUGCUGGUUCUCUUGAGAUGGCUGUGGAGGAAAAAAUUACAGUAGUAGUUCCUGAAGCUACAGAGAAAGAUCCUCAGAGUGUUCCUACUGGUAUCAUGCAAGAUGUUGUUGAUCAAGUAGUUAUGGAUGCUCUGCAGACUACCACUUUGAAAACGGAAGACUUACUGAGUCAGUCCUUGCUUGUGUCGGAAGAUCCAGUUGAGGAAAAAGCUAUAGAUAAUUCAUCUCUAGUUUUGAAAGCUGAGCCAGAUCCAGAAGUCAUUGCUUCCCAGGAGAUAAAACCCAAACAGCAGGCUCAACAAUCUCAAAAACCACCCAUGACUUUGAAAUCACAAAUGGUUCUAGCUGUCAAGAGGUCAUCUCGGCGUCGUAGUAGUAGUUCUAGUGCCACACAACAGAAUGAAAAUCUAAUAAAGAAGGAAGGUGGCAAACACGGUAAUGCUCCAGGCAAGGACAAGAAACGCCCAGAAGAAAAGCAGAAAGGAAGGAGGCAGUCUGGGGAUGAGGAUGAUGAUGAAGAUUUACCAAGUUCUGAUGAUGAAAGUUGGAAUUCUGAAGAUGAUCCAGAUCGAUUGUGGUGCAUUUGCAAGAAGCCUCACAAUAAUAGAUUUAUGAUCUGUUGCGAUGUGUGUGAAGAUUGGUUCCAUGGUAAAUGUGUGGGAGUCACUAAAGCAAUGGGUAAACAAAUGGAAAACAAGGGUCUUGAAUGGUCUUGCCCCAACUGUGCAAAAAAGAAAGAAGAUGAUAAGGAGGCCAAAAGGAAUGUUCUACCUAGUCAAAAGGAGAAAGAUAUAAAGAAGAUCAGAGAUAGUAAAAAAGAUAUUCCUGAAAGAACAAAUGAAGCAGUCCAUACAGAAAUAAAAGAAACCUCAGUUAUUGGUUCUGGAGAAGGAAUUUCACAAGGAAGCUCUUCUGAUGCAGAAAUAAUGUAUUGCAUUGUGUGCAAAAAGGAAGCACGUCCAUCGAGCAUCUACUGUGGUGAUGCCUGCAUUUUGAAACAUGCUCAGGAAUCACUGAAUUGUAUAAGUAGAGACAAGGCUGUCACUCCAGGGUCGACGGGAGGUGGAGGAGGCCGAGAUGCCAUUCAGGAGACGCAGCCUUCUCAGCAUCAGGGCACCCGAGAGGCAGAAGGAGGGCAAAGCAGCAGUGGCAGCGCAGGUGCCAACCAGCCACCACGAACACGGCCAGAUGCCAGAGUGAUAGUGUUUGAACGCAAGUCAGGAAUUUUGUUAGCGGGACCAAAUGCUCCCACAGCUGGAAAUUUGAAGACAUGGUUGAAAGACAAUCCUACCUUUGAAGUUGUAAGACCUGGGCUUACCCCUACAAAUAAAUUCUACAGUUCAAAGACCCAGGGAACAAAAACUAUUGUGCAAUCUUCAAAGGUUCCUCAUCAGAAGACUGUUGUUCAGCACAUUAAAGUGGGACAGACACAUCCAUCAAAUGUCUCUCCUAUUGUGCAAGCAAAAAUAGGGCCAACUCAAAAACUUGGUGCAACUCCACAAAAAACUAUUUUAUUGCAGCAAAAGUUGACAGCAAAUACAUUGAAAUCAUCUAUAAAUCAACCGAAAAUUGUUACUCCAGUAUCUUCUCCAAUUAAAGUGUUACCCACCAAAGUUCACAAAGGUCCAAUUGUUGUUCCUGCUCAGCCUCAAAAAGUAGUCAUCAAAGCAUCUCCAAAACAAUCUACCACUUCUGCAAAAAUUGUUGUGAAAACUCCUGGUGCUACAACUGUUUCUAAAGUACCUUCUUCCCCAUCAAGCAAAACUCCCCCUACUAACAUAGUUUCAAAAGCUCCUGCAACAUCAACAGUGAAGGAGUCUGCCAAAACACAAGUAGAGAAGCCUGUGGCCAAAAAGGUUGAAGUUAAACGCCAAUCAUCAUCAUCAUCUUCAGAUACUGGAAAAAAAGAAGAGGAGAAAGAGAAACCAUCUGGUCCUGAACCUAUCAGACUGAAUGUUCGUAAAACUCUGCAAGAGCUGCUACAAGCAAGAAUACAGGAGUGUUCAGAUUUGGAUGUUCCUGAGACUGAGGUUCAAAACCUUGCUGUGAACAUUGAAGAGGAGAUGCAUUCUUUCUUCCGAGACACGGGAAUAAAAUACAAAUCCAAAUACAGAAGCUUGGUUUUCAAUAUUAAAGAUCGUAAAAAUCUCACUCUCUUUAGGAAAAUUGCUGAUAAAUCAUUGACUCCUCAUCAGCUUGUACGAUUAUCUCCGGAGGAACUAGCAUCUCAAGAACUUGCUCAGUGGCGUGAAAGGGAGGCAAAACAUCAACUGGAAAUGAUCAAGAAAACUGAAUUGGAUUUAAUGUCACAAGCCAAAACAUAUGUUAUGAAAACCCACAAAGGUGAACAAGUUAUUGAAACAGAUGAAAGUUUAAAAGUUGAAGUCCCAGAAUUAGUUGAUCCUUCUACAGUUCCAGAUUUAGUUUCUCCUGUCAAUAAUUCAGUGUCGUCAACUGUUGAAGAUACAGAUCUAGACAAGAGCAAGGGCAAGACCAAAGAUAAAGAUUCCAAAGACAAGAAAGACAAAGAAGAUAAGGAACGUAGUCGGGAUCGUGAAAAAUCCAGACAUGAUGAUAAAAGAAAAGACAAAAGUGAAAAAUCAAGAAGCGAUAGAGAUCGGCGUGAUAGUCAUCACGACAGGCAUGACAGAGAUAAAAGGAAAGACAGUAAAGAAAGAGAGAAAAGUAAAAGCAGCUCUCGAGAUAAACAUCGUAAUUCAGAAAAAUCGAAGCGUGAUAGUGAUAGACAUCGAGACGGUAAAAGUAGCAGUAGUAGUUCCAGGAAAGAUAAAAAGGAAGAUAUUGACAUAAAGAAAGAAGAUAUCAAGAAAGAAAUUUUAUUGCCUGAAUUUGGUGAUGAGUAUAAAGAUUCAGAUAACUUGUUUAUCAAAGAUGAGCCUAAAAAUGAAAUGGAUAUUAGUAUGAAGUCCUUGUCAAAUUUUUCUAGCACUAAAGUAGAACCUCAAGAAGACAGUGAUUUGUCUGAUAGAGAACCCAGUUCUACUGUGACCAUAAAAACACCGGACAUAAAUACUGAAGAGCAUGAGAAAAAUGUUUGUACUACUGUUUGGAAAGGAUUUGUAAAUAUGCCUGAAGUUGCUAAAUUUUUUACUACGGUGCAAAUUGUAUCAGGUGAUCCACAAAAUUUAUGUAAAGACUUACCUGAUACUGUGGACAUUGUUGGAAGAAUUGCUCCAAAAACAGUUUGGGAUUACAUAUCAAAAAUGAAAAAAACUGGCACAAAAGAAAUUCUUGUGAUACGGUUAACUGCUGCCAAUGAUGAAGAAAAAAUUCCUUAUAUAACUCUGUAUACUUAUUUGAGUACAAGAGGACGGUUAGGCGUUGUUGGUAAUGUUUCAAAAAUGAUAAAAGAUUUUUACAUAAUGCCAUUAGCCAGUCAUCAUCCAGUUCCACAAAUCCUCUUGCCGCUGGAGGGGCCUGGAUUUGAAGAAUAUAGACCCCAUCUUUUAAUAGGAAUUUUGGUCAGAGCGCGUCGCAAGAGAUUGGCACCAGAAAAUGAAUAUGUUGCCAAAAUGCCAAAACGAAUACUUCCCCCUCCCACUUCAGCAGAACCUUUAGAGAGAAGUUAUACUCCUCCGCUACCAGGUUCAGAUGCAGACAUGCUUGGUAGCCUCACUCCACCCCAUCCACCACCAUCUCACACAGGUGGCAGUUACACCCCUCCCAGCUCCCCGCAAGGAUUUUUGGGUGGCACCAGUCUUCUAACCAAAACCCCUGACCCAAGAAGUCGAAUGGAUAAAGAUUCUUUACAGGAUGACUUCAGUGUGUCUGACAAACCUAUAACAAGCAAUAAAGCUUCCUUAUCAACUCUUGUUGGGCAAUAUGGUGAUGAUGAUGAAGAUGAAGAUGAUGAUGAUGCACCCUAUAGUCCUGGUGGAAGUGAUGAUGAUGUUGAAUCCAGUGAAGACAGUAUGAUAGUGACUUCCAAGAAUCCUGUGGAAUUGCAGAGGAAAGUUGAGGAACUUAAUCGGAAGAUUGAAGAGCAAAAGCAACAAAUAGAAAGCAUUAGUUCUGCUAUUGUUGCUUCAGAUCCUUCUGUUGCUGCUUUAGGAACAGUAUCUGAAUCUUUGAAAGUAAACAGCAUGAUGCAAACCUAUAUGCUGGGUUCAGAAGAAAGUGCAGCACCCGAGGAUGGGGAUGAAAAUGAAGCUUAUAGUCCAUCCCGAUCCUUCACACCACCCUCUACAUCAAUUCCAUUCUUGGGACCAGCAGAAGCUGGGUCUGCGCCUGUGUUUACAAAGUUAACUUCAAACAUAAAUCUACCUUCAAACCUCCAUGAAAUAUUAGCAACUAUAAAGAAACAAGAAAGUGAUAAGGCAGCUGGGACUAAAAGCAUAAAUCUUAAAUCAGAUCCAAUUGUACAGAACUAUGGAAAAACAGCUGAUGUCGAGUCUGUUCAGUCAAAGGUUUCGACAGAUGACUUCAGUGAUGCAGACCCUUCAGAGUUUGCAAGUGUUGCUGGUAGUGGAUUAUCAACGCCGACAACAGCUUCUCCGAGCAUUAUCCAGUCGGCAUCAUCUGCCUUACUUUCACUGUCAACUCCUGUUGUUCAUCCUCUUGCAUCUGGUGGGAGUGUGAUGUCUACAUCUGUUACUGCUAAAGUUGUUGAUUCUAAAGUCAGCAGAGAUCCACGGCAGCGUGGAUCAGAGGGUAUUGGUAAAGCAUCUGGGAGCACGUUGAGUACAUUAUCUGAUGAUGACUUGAUCAAGAAAGCUUUAGAAAUGGAAAUGGAAAUGACUGAACCAAAAAUAAAUACUGGUAUUACAGACCAGAACAUUGCUGUGACCAUUCCUACUUUACAGCAGCCCUUGCCACCAGGUGUGGAUUCAUUACCAGCAGUAUCAGGCACAGUGCCACCUGUGAAAACAAGUGUUUCAAAAUCUUUACCCCCAGGCCAACCCUUACCGCCAGGUGUAGAAGAUGAAGACUACCCUUCAUAUUCAUCAUUUGGAGUGACUAGUCCUAGUACAGUUAUUCCUCCUAUGAACAUUCCAGUAGCACCCUACAAUAUGCGUUCUCCUAAUAUUUCAGCAUCAUAUCGUGUGUCACAUCCCUAUCCCGGAGCCUCUUAUGUUAGUCCGGCACGUAUACCACCCCAGGCUCCGGGCUAUUCUUCCUCAUUCCCUCCCCCUCCUGGUGGAUAUCCCGCAAAUGCUGAAGACAGUUGUGGACCUCCAUCAAAUACAAAACGCAAAUUUUCUGAUGGUGAAAGUGAUGAGAAUGUUAUUAAAAGGGACAGGAGUGACUCUCCUAGCAAUAGGGAAGCUUGGGACAGCAAAAUGCCAGUGCCCGUUCGAGGAAGAUUUAGUGGGAGGGGUCGAGGUUUUGUGCGGGGGGCUCCUCCAGGUCAAAGAGGGUUUGUUCGUCUCAGAGGAGGAUCAAGUCAUCCUCCUGGGCCUCCUCCUCCCCCUCCUCCACCACCCCCACCCCUGCCUAACAGAUCUCGUUGGGAUAAUAAAGACAAUGAAAGAAAGCGAUCUCGUUAUGAAUCUGCUAGGCCUGACUGGGAAGCUCACAAUAAAGACUUCGAUGAAAAGCAUCGUGAGAGAAGUCGGGAAGGGCACCACAGGGACAGGAGUCGAGAAAGGGACAAGUCAACUGGUAAUCAAAGAUCUCAUAGUACAAGAAGUAAUAGGAGUAGAGAAAGUGAAAAAGGUAGCGACUCUCCCUGAGAGGGGUUGGGAUCAGUGUGAAUUACUAAUUAAUUUCACAUCUUUGUGUUCUGAUGUUGCUGCCCAUAAAAUCAUCUUCCUUAUAAGCAUUUAUUUUCCACAAGUGCAAUGGACACAAAAGUGGCAUAUCCCCUGAUAUGAUAAUGUGUGUGGAAGCUGAGCAUAUUUCCUCAUUUAUUUUGCAUGUUUUAAAUAGGGAAUUUACAUACACAGUAAAACUGAUCUUUGUAUGUUUCUCUAGAAGUUGGAACUGAAAACUUAGUACAAAGAGGCUUGUUAUACUUUCUGUUUUUAUUGACAAUUUCAAGUGAUUCUUUCGCAAAGAACGGUAUGGCAUUUUAUAGUAGAGCACAAUGUUUUUAAUAGCAGACGUUCAAAUCUUGUAAAUAGAACUGGAUUGCAGCAUUUCACCCAAACAAGUGAGUAUUUACUUCAAGUGAAGACUGACUUUCGUAUUUAAUAUUUGCAUUAAAGAAUAUUUAAAGAAAAGUAGUACAAAUGCAGUUUUGUGAAACAUAACCUCAAUGCAUUAGAAUGACAGUCUUCAACAUUGUCAAAAUUGCCACUAAGGUAAUUCAUCUACAGGUAAGACUAUCUUGCCGUGUUAUUUGUGAACUUGCUUGCCAUAACAAACGUUAUGAAAAAUUAAUAUGAAAUAUUAUUUGUAUAUUUAGAAGUCCAUGCAUUUUAUGUAAAAGAAUGCAGAUUUCUUUAAUUAAGCUACAAGAUUUGAAAUGGUCUUGCAAAUAUUUGUACAUACUUAAAUAUGUAUUUACUAUUUUGAAAGUAAGAUGUAUCUACUUCAAAGAUAUUUCACAAAGUGUAAAUGUUGUAUUUUAUGUACAAUUUUUGAAAUCUGUUAUGUAGAUGGUUAAUAGGCUUGAGAAAUGUAAUGUUUAUUUUCUUUAUUAUGUCAUCAAAAAAAGACAUAAUACCCCAAAUAUGUUGAAUCUUUUACUGUAUGAUCUAUUUUAAGAGAAUGAAAAGUUAUGUAUAUAAUUUCUUUUGCAGAGAAGUCAACCAUCAAAGAGUGCAAUUGUUAGUAAAUAAAUUAAUUUGAUUUUAAUUGGCCAAGUUUGUUUAAACUUAGCAUAAGCUUCAUUGUUCAAUACCUAUGUAAUGUUAGUUUUCUCCCAAGUUUGUAACGUGUAAAUCCUGUAUUAUAAUGAGGUUACUGGAAGAUUGAAUAUAUUUCACGUUUCACCCAUAGCUUACCCGUGCACUGAUGUAGUAUUUGAAGACACUUCAUUGGGCUGCCUGAAACGUCCUUGCAUGUAAGAUUUUUUAAUGUCAUCUUACCCAUGCUACUCUCACUUCUGGUCUUAUCUACGAAAUCGAUGGGUAUGCAACAUAAAACUGCCAAUAAACGCACGAAGUUGCAAUGGUGGAUACAAAAGUAGAACGUCGAGUCAUUGAAUACCAUGUAACAAUCUGGUUUGCUUAUUGACGUAGUACCUAGUACAAAGCAUUUCGACGUAUCGAAUAUGAGCACUUAUUGAAACGAGGAGUGCCUGUAGUUGCAAGUGUAUGUGUUGUUAAUAAAGCAAUACCAAUUCAUACGUGAGUUUUUCUUUCAAUCGCACACCGCACAAAUAGCGCUGUAAUCGAGAGCACAAUCACCAAGUAUAACUUACAUUUUUUUGUGUUAAUUACCC